CUGCCAUCUUCUCCCUCGUUUCUGAAUCUCUUUUUCUCAUCUCCCAACUUCUCCUAGCAAUCCCCCUCUUUCCAGAACAUCAAAAGAAACAUUCUGGAUUAUCUAAGUGGUUCUACUAUCUUCUGCUUAAUCUCGCAAAUAACCCUUCGAUAAUCUACGAAUCGCCAUAUCUAGACCACAAUGGCACCCGCCGACCUUCCUUACUUGAAGACCAACCCGUCCGUGAUCUUCUUCACGGACUUCGAUGGCACAAUUACACUUGAAGACAGCAAUGACUACUUGACGGACAAUCUCGGCUUUGGACAGACGAAGCGUCGCAAAUUGAACAUCGAUGUUCUCGAGAAGAAAACCAGUUUCCGAGACGCUUUCUGGCAGAUGUUGGGCAGUGUUAAGACCCCCUUCAAUGAAUGCGUCGAGACACUUUGCAAGGUAAUGAAGCUGGACCCUCACUUCGUCGAAUUCUAUGAGUGGGCCAAGGCAAACAACGUGCCGAUUGUUGUUUUGUCAUCCGGAAUGAUCCCUAUCAUCAGGGCUUUGCUUGAGAAAUUGCUGGGUCACAAACCUGACCACAUUGUUAUCAUCGCCAAUGACGUGGAAAGCCGCGAUGGCAAGCAUAUCAACACCCCAGGUGGUUGGCAGAUCAAGUACCACGACGACAGCCACUUCGGCCAUGACAAGUCGUUGGAAAUCAAGCCAUACGCCCAGUUGCCACAUGAUGAACGCCCUACAUUGCUGUACGCUGGAGACGGUGUCUCUGAUCUUUCUGCUGCAGCCGAGACUGAUCUUCUUUUCGCAAAGAAGGGGAAUGAUUUGGUGACCUUUUGCGAACGCGAAGGAAUGCCAUUCACCACCUUUGAAGAUUGGAGUUCGAUUCUGGCCACCUCUAAGGAUAUCCUAAGCGGCAAGGUCAGCGUCAAGAAAGUAGCCCAAGAAGGCCUGGAAAAGGAGCAAAAGGAUGAGGCCUGAGCAGAUGCCUAUGACAAAUAGACCGGAUAGAUGAUAGAAAGACUCGGGAUACCUUGCCGACACGGUGUAGAUAAUUUAGUACUCUGUACAAGCGAUCAUUAAUCCACGAACAUGAUAACUGUGUACUCCGUAGUCUUGGGUGACAGCGAAUUACUGGAAGCAGUAUAGCGUGC